GAGCGUGAUUACCAAUGGAGGAGAGACUGAGAGUGCUACUCAGCAGCAAACACAGGGUGAACAAGUUCAGAUGUGAGAGAGAGGGAGAGAGAGAGAGAGAGAGAGAGAGAGAGAGAGACAUCAGAUCUGUCUCAGAAAGGUUAACUGGACUGACUGACUAAGUAGAGUGGGAGUGUAAAAUGUAAAAGCGAGUAGGAGGGAAGAGAGAAAGGAAGAGGAGAAGAGAGGAAGGAGGAGAUUGUGUCUGACAGACAGUCUGUUGAGCUUGUCUGGAUUGCUUAUGAUCAUUUUGCCUUUACACCUGCAGCUCAGGAGGACAACACCAAGCCAGACAGGUGUCUGUGUGCACAGAGACAGGUGGAUAGCUGGAUGGCUGAACAUGUAAAUCGUGACGACCUUGGACCUAACUAUCUGCCAAGAGACUGGAGUUUGUGUCACAUGAUCACAACACCUCCUCAGCUUUUACAGGAGGCCAUGCAGUGCCAGAGUGAGUGACGGAUAGCAUGAGCCAAUGAGCUUCACACCAAACCCAGCUCUAGUCCCAGACAGGGACAACCUCCCAUUCAAAAAGAGGGACCAAAGACGGAGUUCAUCACCACCACAACAGCAGCAGCAGCAGCAGCAGUGUGAUGCUGCAACAUUCAAGGCACCCUACCCAUAUAAGAGCCACAGUGAGUUUAAGGCAAAACACACAGGCCCUUUCCAGCCCGUACCAAAACGGGUUCCUGCACUGUACCAGCCCUGGAUGCAGACUCACACAUCCACCAGGCCCAAGACUCAGGCCCUCUCUGCAUUCAGGGAGCAUCAUGGCUGGGCAGAAUGGAGAGAGUUCAACCCCCUCAACCUUGGAUGGGACUUUUCUCACCACUAUCAGCACCACAGGCACUUGUCUGGCACACCGGCACUCCAACCAGGCCACCCACACCACCCCUCCAGAUUCAACCCUGUUUCCCUGGUCAAUGAGGGCUUUCAAAGGGUGGGCAGGGGGUACGGUUGGGAGCAGCUCAAAAUGUUAAGGAACAAGACUUUAAAUGCAGACAGACAGAGUAAUGGGAGGAAUAAAGGACCAUAUGUGAGGGAAAGAGACAGAAAAGUUGAGUAUAGCCCUCCAUCAUUGAGCACAUACCUACCUCACUCUCCACAUGGGGACCUUACACUGCAACAUAAAUCAAAAGUUGUCAAACAUCCUGUUUCUGGACAUUCCUUCGUAAGAGUUUCCCCUGACGACAACUCAAUUAAUACAUACACCUCCGUGAGGGAGGAUGCAUCAAGAUCUGCUCUGGCCUCAGAUGAGGCUUCUUCAUCCUCUUUGUCUCCCAACCAUUUCCCCUGGCUGCUCCCUCACUUUGUGGCAGGCUCUUUGAUUGAGCUCAGGGACGGGCGGCUGAGGAGGGUGGAACACCUGCAAACGGAGGAUUUCCUGCUGGGAUCACUGGCUUGUCCAGACCUGCGCCUCAGCUGCUGCACGGUACAGAGCAUCACCCCGUCAGCCUCCUCCUCCAUCUCACGUCUCCUCAUCCUGCUUCACGACCAGCAGUCCCAGGAGUUGGUGGAUGUCUAUGUGGAGUACCCAUUCUUUGUGCGUGGACGGGGCUGGUCUUCCUGCAGCCCUCAGAGGACUGCCCGCCUCUGUGGCCUGCAGUGCCGUCAGCUCAUUGUGGGGGACAUCUGCCUGGCUCUCACCCCUGUCUCAACCCCCAAGCCUCCUCCGUCAACCACCCUGGAGUCAAAAAACAUCAAGUCAGAUGGAGGGUGUGGGUCCCUAAAAGCGCCACAACCCCAGGUUCCUCCAGAGCCAGAGCGCUCAGCGGGGGGGCAAAAGAAGGAGGCCGAGGUGGUCCGGAGGAGACACUAUUCAGCCCCUGAGUUGAGAGGUCCAGGGACUAACUGUAUGUAGUGAGGGGGGGUCACUGUCUUACAAGUCAGUCUCUUUAAAGUUCUGCUAUAUUCAGCCUAUAUUUGCUUACUUUCUACCUCCUGAAUCAUAUAUGUGUGCUUGACUGUCAUUUUUGUAUCUGAGGAGUAAAAGCUAGACGGAUGAUAAGAUCAACUCUCAGGAUCCUCCAGAGGUACCGUUAUAUGGGUAUGGUCAGGGAUCAAACACUGACUAUGUGACUUGAGUUUAAAAAAUACAUUUUCUGUGAUCCUGAUCAGUCUCUUAUAAAAAAAGAAUUCAGAUUCACAUGAGAGAAAUCAGUCAAUUUACAUGGAGAACCAAAGUGUAUAUCUACAGUAAGUUACUACAGGGAGCUGCUUCACUGACAAUGAAUGUGAGAAAGAUAUUGUAGGUUCAAAGAGUAUUUUGAGUGUGGGGUUCAAGUGUGUGUUCAUAUUAUUUCUAGCAGUUCUGAUAAAAAAAACGGCCCACGUUCCCUUGAAAAGCACAAAAACAAACUCCCUCAGGUCCUAACAAUCAUAUCGUGUAAAGUUUAUCUCUCCUUCAGCCUAAUGUUAUGUAAGACUUCUUUAUGCUCAUAAAUAAUAGAUUACAUUACAACUGUUGCAUUUCCUAAAUGUCAGGAUAGAAGUAGUGAAUUUUCAUUAUGACAAUCAACACCACUUGUUUUCAGGAGGAUUUCAUUUUUACGCUUCUACCUCUAUUUUCUAUUUAAGGUGACAAAUGCAUAUAAUCUAUGUUUUUAAUGGUGUGGGCUGUGUUGUUGUACUAUGCUAUGUUGGAAGCUCUUAGCUUCUCGGUGAAUGUCAGUGUGAUUGCCUUUAUUUGCCUGGUUGUUACAGUAUAUAGCUGCUUUGCUUCAGUACUGAUGCUCCUUUUUUAAUUGUCUGUCCAAUUGUUAAGAGUGGAGAUGCUUUGGAUGGAAAAAUUAAAGGUCCGGUGUAUAUGAUUUAGUGGCAUCUUGUUUAGUUGCUGAUUGCAGCCACCUCCCUUCACCCUCUCCUUCCUAGCAUGGAUGAGAAACUAUGGUAGCCAUGAAAACGCAAAAAGACCCCAUCUAGAGCCAGUGUUUAGUUUGUCCUUUCUGGGCUACUGUAGAAACAUGAAAGCGGACCUGCAGCAUCUGUAGAUACAAAAGGCUUGUUCUAACAACACAGGUGAUUAUAAACUAAAGAAAACAUAUUACGUUCCUUUUCUGCUAUAUCCUGUAAAUGUAAGACCACAAAAUUUUACACAGUGGACCUUUAAAUUGAAAUUCAAAAUUAAAGUGCAGACACACAG